GCUGUCGACAAUAAGUAUUAAUAAGCGUACGACGUCGGUUCAGUUAAUAGAAUAACAGCAUAAGCGUUAACAUCGUGUGUUACUUCUCAUACUGAUUUCGAUUUCUCUGUGUUUGGAAUAAGGUUUCUCAAGAUGUCACCGAAGUCGAAAGUUUACGUUAUUGGUGUCGGCAUGACAAAGUUCGAGAAACCAGGUACACGAAAUGAUGUUGAUUAUCCAGAAAUGGCAAAAGAAGCCGUAACAAAAGCUUUAAAAGAUGCGCAGAUUUCUUAUGACAAAAUAAAAGCUGCCUGCGUUGGAUAUGUUUAUGGAGACUCCACUUGUGGCCAAAGGGCACUUUAUGAAGUUGGACUCACAGGGUGUCCUGUAUACAAUGUAAAUAAUAAUUGUUCAACUGGUUCAACUGCUUUAUUUAUAGCUAAACAGCUAGUCGAAGGUGGUUCUGCUGAUUGUGUAUUGGCUCUUGGUUUUGAAAAAAUGGAAAAAGGAUCCUUAAUGUCAAAAUUCAUGGAUCGUACUAAUCCUAUGGAUAAGCACAUAGAAGUUAUGGCUGAAAUUUCAGGUAUUAAUACGGGUCCAAUCACUGCACAAUUAUUUGGGAACGCUGGAAUUGAACACAUGAAAAAAUAUGGUACAAAACCCGAGCAUUUUGCAAAGAUUGCCUACAAAAAUCAUUUACAUUCCAUGAACAAUCCAUACUCUCAGUUCCAAGACAAAUACACAUUACAAGAGAUAAUGAAUUCUCCAAAUGUGUAUGGACCACUUACCAAACUUCAAUGUUGUCCAACAUCUGAUGGUUCAGCAGCUGUAAUUGUGGCUAAUGAGGAGUUUGUUCAUAAGCAUAAGCUUGAAUCUCAAGCAGUAGAGAUAAUAGCAAUGGAAAUGUCUACAGAUUUGAAUUCAACAUUUGCAGAAAAGAGCGCCAUUAAACUUAUUGGUUAUGAUAUGACAAAGAAUGCAGCCGAUAAAGUAUUUACACAAAGUCCUUACAAACCAACUGAUGUGAAUGUAGUAGAAUUACAUGAUUGUUUCUCAACCAAUGAACUUCUUACUUAUGAAGCAUUGGGCCUGUGCCCUCCUGGUCAAGGUGCUAAGUUAGUUGAUGCUGGAGAUAAUACAUAUGGAGGAAAAUACGUGAUAAAUCCCAGUGGUGGGUUGAUCUCAAAGGGACAUCCUUUGGGAGCAACAGGAUUGGCACAAUGUAGUGAACUUUGCUGGCAGUUACGAGGUCUAGCUGAUAAAAGACAAGUGCCAGGAGCAAAACUUGCACUGCAACACAAUAUAGGUUUAGGUGGUGCAGUUGUAGUUGCUCUAUAUCAAUUAGGUUUUCCUCAACAACAACAACAACAAAGUGUAAUGAAGAGAAAUGUAAGCGCACAUCCCGAUCCGGAUAUUUUCAAAGCAAACGCAUUAUUCAAAAUAUUAGAAAUUGCAAUGCAAGAAGACGAAGAAGAUUUGAUCGAUAGAGUUCGUGGAGUAUUUGGAUUCAAAGUAACUAACGGACCAGGUGGCGCAGAAGGUUUCUGGGUUGUAGAUGCUAAGACAGGGAAAGGGAAAGUUGAAUAUUAUGGAAGUACUAAACCAGAAGUUACAAUUACCAUUAACGAUGCCGACAUCGUUGAUUUUAUAUCCGGGAAACUGAACCCGCAAAAAGCCUUCUUCCAAGGAAAAGUUAAAAUCCAAGGCAAUAUGGGACUCGCAAUGAAAUUGGUGGAUUUACAGAAACGCGCUGCUAAGAAAAUAGAACUUCUCCGUUCGAAAUUGUAAAAACGAGAAAAUCUUAAAAAUUCUGGUGCAAGUUUUUUUGUUCUGACAUCAAAAUUGACGUAAAUGCGAUGUCAAUAAGAAUUAAAUUUUAAAGGUUAUGAAAAAAUACCUUACAGAAUUGUGCAAUCAAAAAUAUUAUUAUAAUCUUAAUUAAGGUUUACAGGAAUUGCAGAUACUUAUAUACUUGAAACUGAAACCAUAUCCUCAUUCAUUCCUGUUAAAUUGUGCAAUUUCCUUUUUCGUCAAAAGAAGUUAAAAACUUUAGGAAUUUUUAUAUCUUAUUAUAUAGUUAAUGUAUAAAUAGUGAAUAUUAUUUUUUCUAAACAGUAAUGUUACUGUUAUAAAACAGUUAUAAACUAACGUCCAUAAAAAUGAAUUACAUUACAAAAAGUUUAGACGUUUCAUACAUUAAUUUAAAUUAAAUGCCAAAUCGAUUAUUAAUAAAUUCGUAGAUGAAUUCUAUAUAUGAUUUAAGUUAAAUUGGUAGUAUUUUCGUUUUUUAUUGAAAAACAAGUGAAUUAUAAUGUUGUUAAAUUGUGCAUAGUAUAAGUAUAUUAUUGUUCUUCUCUCAUUAAGAAAUGACUGUCAUGAAAUGGUGGAUAUAUAUAUAACUUUUUUAUACCAUUUGUUAUUUGUAUUUUAAAGAUAGUCUUAGAGUUUAGAUGGGGAAAAUGUUCACUGGUAUACUGUAUUAUUAAAAAUCCGAUAUUAUAUGAAUAUUUUGUUCAAAUAUCUGUUUAUGAUGCACUACUAAAGUUAUUACUAUUGAAUCGUUGAUAUAGUAGGUGAAACCAGGGUGCAGUUGAAGUGUUAUAUACAAUUUUUAGAAAAAAGGUGUAGGAUUUUAUACUAAUUAACAAAAUAUUUUUAUGGAAAAAUAAAUGAUUAUUA